GUUUUCUUACCUGUGGACAACAAUGGGUUCAGAUGUACGUGACCUGAACUCCCUGCUGCCACCAUUCCCUACAGGCCCCAGCCCCGGCUGCCCUGCCCUUCCUGUCAGCUCAGCACCCCAGUGGGCUCCGAUCUUGGACUUUCAUGGUACUGGAUCCCCUUAUUCUUCUCUUUCUGCCCCGCACACCUCUCUGGGGCCACAUUCCUUCAUCAAGCAAGAACCUACCUGGGGGACCAACAGUGACCCCCACCACCACGACUCUGACCCUCACUGUGGCCUCAGCGCUUUUACUGUCCACUUCUCCGGGCAGUUCACAGGAACCGGGGCCUGUAGGUAUGGAGCAUUAGAGGCACCCUUGCCUCUGCCACCACCCCCAAGUCAACCCCCAUCUGUGGCUGCCCCUCACCACCACCACCAGGCCACCAACAGGGUGUUCAGCAACCCAUCGUACCUGAGUAACUGUAUGGACACGCAGCAGGUGGCCCACAACCAGACAGGUAGGACCGAUGGAGAUUGAUAAAUGUCUCUUUUUAGUUUUGAUGUCAACUGUUAAUCUUUGCAUCUCUGAAGUCUCUUACUAGUGGGAUUAGCUAUCGCUUAAAUCUUGAAUUGAUUUAAGAUUUCCUAAAAUAAUCCAUCUAGUGUCUGAAGUGUUGGAAAAGAAAAGAAAUUUGUUUACAGUAUUCAAAUAUGUAGCUAAUUUUUAGAGGUCCAAAAGGUUCAUAUCCACAUAGAUUGUUAUAUUUCCAGGCCCAGAUCUCAAACUCAAACUUUUCUGAAGGUCAAACAAGACAGUCGGUCUCAGCAGCAAUUCAUGGCAUUGCCGUGGCGGUGUUUGAAUUCCUUUAGCUGUAAUAUUAGCAAGAUACUAUCUGAUAUAUGUGAAAUUAUGGAAUCUAAGAGCUUUGGUGAAUAACUUCUCUCUUUUAUAUCAUGAAAUAUGUUCAUAAAAAUAAUGCCAUGUUAAUAAAUCAAAUGCAUGAAUCUGAGCCUUUUGUCAGUGAUGCUAAUGUUACACAUGAAAACAAAGUCAUUGACCAUACGUCAGUUUUUUUUUUUCAUUUUCAUUAACUUUAUAUUUUAUACUGUAAAUCUACACUUUUUUUCAUGUCAGUUAAAGUCAUUAACGGAAAUUACAGCUGAUUAAGUGUUGUGAACAUCACGGUCAGCUAACACACAAAGGCACAGUGCUGAAAAAGCGCUUGAAGAAUCAACGUAAUACUAAGAAAAAGAGAUAAGACAAAGACAAGAAAGACCAUCUGAGAGCUUAUAAGGCACACUGAAAAAUAGAUUUUGACUUUGUGGUAAAGCUGUACGCUACACAGCCAGGUCAGUUUGUAAGUUACAAUUACGUUUAUGUGUAAACCAAAAGCAUAAACGUUGCAGUUUGGAAAUGUCAUCCCUUCAUGCUUAGUCCCGACAAACACAAAGACAACAUAGACCAUCUGGUCAACUUCAAAUAAAAUAACAUGUCCAUGCAACCGAUCAUAUAGUCAAUCCUUUAUAGGAAAUAUUUAUUGAUGUGAGAUAGACUGAAAGGCACACAUCUGUGAUCCAUGUUGAUUACAACGAGAUUUCAAGGGAUACACCUUUUUUGUUCAUAAAAACAUAACAAAAUAUGACAAAUUUAUAAACAAGGGAUGUAUUUCAUUAUGUAUUUGACUCUCACAAAAAGAGAAAAUUGUAUUCAAUUCUCUAAAGUGAGAAACUCUAGAGUGGAAGCAUGAGAAAUGAGAGGAGGUUUUAAAGAAUCCAUCCUAGAAAACAGCACAUUAUCAGUUCUAAUUUAAUAAACAUAAAAAAAAUUAACUUUACUGCAAGAAAUGCAAGUGAAACAGAAGGAUUCAAAGUUAGCUUUGUAAUUCAAAAGUCUCAUACACCUACUCACUUUGUCACCCAAUUAUUUUGCUUUUUUUCUUUCCCUCAGUUAAUCCUAAAGCUUCUGUUUCUUUCCCAUCAAUCCUCCUCCCAUCUUCUACUUUCUCUGCAGGCUGUCCACCAAAACGCCAACAAUACCUUUAUGGCAUUGCACACACACACAUACACGCACAUACACUUGAAAGAAGUUCAUUUCCUGGAGGUAACAUGGGCUGUUAGGGUACUAGGAUGUCAUAUACAAAACAAAACAAACAAACGAACAAAAAGACACAGAUCCAGGACUUAAAUUCAGUGUCAGCGUAAAAAUACAGAGCAUCCCUCUGACCCAUUGAGAUUUCAUAACGGUAAAAGAAGACAUAUACUUCUGAUUUCUGUACUUCACCUUGAAGUCCUUAUAUUGGACAGGGGAUGAUUUUGUGCUCUGGUAUAAUAAAAGGAAAAGUUAGCCAUAGUUGAGUGCAAAGCAAACAAUUGUCAUUAUUUAUGACCCACAUGGUUACAUCCCCCAAAAGUAAGAAACCAACAGUUGAAUUGACAGAUUUUCUCUCCAACGAAAUCAAGAAAUUUAGAAUUGAUUUCAAAAAAUUCCAAGCAGAGAUCGAAAAAGACAUAAGAAAAAUCUUGCAGCAGAUGAUUAAGUUAUGCCAUGAUCCUGUGAAAACAUCUCAUGAUUGGAGAGGGUCAAGUGCCAAGUUGGUGAGAUUCACGACACUGAAAUUCUUUAAAAAAAUAAAAUAAAAUAAAAAACGUAUCCUUUGAAGCUCAGCAUUUUUAUAGUGGAACGGCAAAGAGCCUUGUGCAGACUGAUAAGGGAGCAACUUCAGGCCAGGUCAGGUCCACAAAAUGACAUAUUUAAUCUCUGGCAAAAAUGAAAGUACUUGGCAAUGACAGAACCCCUGAUAAAGACGGACAUUCGUAGCAAAAGCUCUCAUGGAGCAGCGGCUGCCUUCCAGCGGGUCAGUGACACAGUCGCCUGCGUAUCUACAAGUUGUCAGAUGGUGACUACAGAACAGCAUCAACAGAGAGGAGUGUAUAACAAAAAACUAAUGAAUAUGAAUGUUACUGAAGUGGGUAAAAUGGUAAAGAAGAGUCUUAGGCUAUGUGAGUAUAAAUAAAGCAGAACUAUUUCUUUUUUUUUUUUUUUUUUCUGGGCUGUCCAGGCCACGGUGUGUCUGUGAUCCUCUUAUGUGACAUUUGUUUGUGGUUACCUUAUACCAAGUGCUUGUGUUGUUUCAUGAGGUCUGCCUGCAAUUGUAGAAAAACCCUUGAGUCGAGUUUAAGGUUUGCUGUGGUGCUGUGAGUUUUGUUAAAGAGUGCUGGCCAACAAAGAUCGGGUCUGUGAUCUGACCCUGAGCAAAUGAAAUAUAAGGUUUUUAUGUAAAGAGCAGGUAAGAGUGAAUAAAAGGAAACUUACAAAAAGGCAAAAUGAGGCACAUGGUUAUCCACUUUUAUGAAUCAAUACAAAUAUGAAGAAAGUAAGGUAGGUACAUUUAAAUGAAUCAGAUAAGUCGAAGCUGUCAGUAUCAGUCUGUUCAGCAGCAUUUAUUUUGCACUGAAACUGAACUUUUUUUUGUAUGAAUACCUUGCCUGAAAUGUCAUAAUUAUUUAAAUAGUGAUCAAAUCUAUCACAAAAUGGAAAAAUAGUUCUGAUGUAAGUUCCUUUGACCAGCCAUUGUUAAUUUGAUUUUACUUGUCAGGAGUCUAUGUAAACCCUCCCUCAAUCCUUGUUUGUGUUGCAGGUUACAGUGCUGCUGUUGCAUUUGACGGAGCUGGUAAUUACAGCCACACUCCUUCGCAUCAUACGUCACAGUUCCCCAACCAUACCUUCAAACAUGAAGAUCCAGUAACUCAGCAAAGUUCAGGUAAGAGUGUGCAUGUGAAGAAAACUACACAGGCUCUAUAUCACUUCAGUUAAUUAAUAAUAAAAGAUAAAAAAAAAACUCCUAUCUUUGCAAAAAGAGCAUUUCUUUUUACAAAUGGGCUUUUAAAAUAAAUAAUCAAAAAAUAAAGGAAUUUCAUCCCGCAAAUAUUUUUGUAGGAAGCGGUUGAUGUAGAAAUUUAUAGUUAAACAUUGCACAGAAAAACUCCACAUGCAUUUGCAGGGUUAUCAUCCCGUAUUCCUCCACCCCACCUGUUGCCAGCCUGCUGAAAAAUGCAGGCUGAAAUUCAGUUUUUUGUCCAUCACUGGACAUGAUGUGUUUAGGUGGUCAGAGAGUCAUCAACUUCUUUCAACUUUUUUCUUACCUGAGGUCUCUCUGUUAUGGAAGUCAACUUCACCCUCAUGCACUCUGUGAAAGUGUUGAUGAGGUAAAAGAUAGUUCCAGUCAAAGCUCCCAAACCUGGAACAAACACAGCCGGAGAAAAUCAGCGUAGCAGACUCAGUCACUACUUAGAAAUCUCCCUUUAAAAUAUAGCUGUUGGCAAGUGUUUCUUGACAUCAAAUCAUUUAUUUGGUGUCCAUUUUUCCUGUUUUGAAAUGUGUCUCUCAAAAAAAGCUUUGUGAAUGAAGCUUUUUCUCAUUACUGUUUUUUCUUUAUUAUUAUGAGUUACAGCAGGAGUUCUGAAAUACAGCACAGGAGUUAUUAUUUCAAAGAUUUAUUUUUGAGCUUUUAGCCUUGAUUUCUGAGAGGACAUGACAGAAUAUAAACAGGGAAGAAAAGGAGCCGCAGGUCUAACUGAAACCCGGGCAGUCAAGGAUUGUUUUUGAAUAAUUGUCCCUCUGUUUCUCACCCUUGUUGAAAUAUCUUAGCCACCAAGCGCCCCCUAGAGGACUGGCAGAGGACCAAUUUCAGUCACUCCUUCUCUAUCAUACUGAGCCACUGUGGCUGUGUGGUUUGCUCCACUGUUGACUAUGAUCAGAGAGUAUGUACUAACUGACACUCAACAUUUAAGCUAGGUUGAAAUUCGAUCAUUAGUGGAUGUGGAGUGUGUUCAGUGUGUUCUCUUUGGUCACUUCUUCAUUGCACAUCUCUAAAAAAAAUACCUGGAGAAAUAGACCAAUUUUAAAAAGAUGGAUCUCAUUUCUCUUUUCACCCAUUUCAUUCCUUCACCUUAUGGGCCUACAUAGUUUAACAAUCAGAAGGCCCUGUUCUGCCACCACUGCCAGGACAAUUGACCCACUAGUUCCUCAUGCUGGCAGACCUGUGGAUCGAUGAUGAUGUGAAGCAGUACACUUGUCAGAAACACUGAAAUAAUUACAAGGCCAUUCACCGUUCAAUUUCUGGUAACCCAAGCAGGACAGAAAGGUAGCGUAAUCAAGGUGAAGGGAUGCAGGGCCUCGGGUAGUUGGUUCUUUCAGUAAGGGAGAUGAUCUUGACUUCAAAUUUUUUGGUUCAUGCAUUUUUAACCCUGACCAGGAUCUUUUUUCUUGCAAUCCCUGCAGACAAAGCACAAUAACUCAUCCCUCUGCUAAUCUGGUCCUAUGUUACAUUGCUUUUCUUAUAUCCUAAUACAUCUCUACACAUCCGACUGAAUUGUAAAUAAUGUUGGGUUGGUAAUAGCACCACAUUCAUGGAUAAGAGCUUAUUUACAUUACAUGCAUAAUCACCCAGCAACAGUUAACUUCUAUGAAAAAAAAAAACUUUUAACCUUUCACAAUCUGAGACUGAUGGUUAAAUAUUCUACAAAUAGUCAUGCAAGGCAACGGAUAAAUACAGAGGUGAGAGGCAACUAAAUACAUUUACUCAUGUAACUUACCUAUGCUUCAUAUUCAAGGUAUUAGUACUUUACAAGAGUAUUUCUGCUUUACUACAUCUCAAAGGCAAAACAGAAUAAAAAUAUUCACAUGCAUAUACUUUGAUCACCAUCAUAAAAUAAUAAUUACAAUACCAAUCAGAUGACAUCCUCUCUCACUUUUCCAUUUACUUUUGGCCAAAUUAAAAACAACACAAAAGCUACUCUUGAUUUUGUUGUUGGAACAGUUAAGCAUCAUGUAGAUGACAAAGUAAUUCUAGGAGUGACACUUUUACAUCAGCAGCAACGAGCUGCACAAAAUAAAUAAGAAAAAGUUUGUGUUACACAUGAAAUGUUGCAGUGCAAACAGGCUCUCUCUCUCUCUCUCUCUCUCUCUCUAUCUAUCUAUCUAUCUAUCUAUCUAUCUAUCUAUCUCUCUCUCUCUCUCUCUCUCUCUCUCUCUCUCUCAGUGCAUAUGCUUUUGGUAUCUGUGUGUGAGGGGUGUACCUGAGCAGCCCGAACAAGGUCAAAAGUUAACUUCCACCGAGGGCCAAUUCCAGCUUGAGUUUUUUUUAAUGCUUCACGUGGUGGGUAGAUGUUCAUACUACAACAUCAGCACAAUAAAAAGACACCCCGUUUGGUGCAUCUACAAUUUACAAGGUCCUGCUUCUCUGUAUGCAUGUUAAGGUUUUUAAGGCUGAUACUGCCACCACAAUGUGAAGGUCAUGACCUAAUUCAACUAUACUGAUGCACACACGCAGUUAACACCAUGCAUUGCCACUGUUGACUGACUUCAGGAACACCAGCUCCUGCUGCUAACAGUUACAUACAACGAUAACAACAGCAACAAGAUAAUAAUAAUAAUAAUAAUAAUAAUAAUAAUAUGGAAUAUAAGAUGAAUAGAUAGUGUCAGUAUCAUGUUGCAGUUAAAAAACUCUGGAGCAGCUGUAAUAGAUGUCUAAACUUUUCCUUGGUCUGUGAGUCGAGUAAAGUUGGGUGUUAUGUGUGUAGGUUUAGUGUGUGUGUGUCCUGAUGUGUGUGUAUGUGCCACAGUUAUCAAUAUCACUGUUAUCAUGUUGCUCCUGGAAAUUGCUGCUGUCCUGUUAUACAUCAACUCAAGCUGUUGUUCUAUGUUCAGAGGGCUAGUGCUACCACAAUGGUUCUGAUUAUUUUGAUGCACCUUACCUCCUCUCAAAGCUCAGCUGCUGAAAACAAAAUAAUUUUUCAGGGCACCGUCAGCUCAGUGGCUGACUUUUGUGAACCAGGUUUCAGGGCCUGAAACUGAGCCACAGGCCUGUGGCUUCUUUCCAGCAUGUGCUUCCCCACUCUCCCAUCUCCCAGCAUAUUAACUUUAAACUGUGGAAACACUCACAAUUGAAACUUUUAACUUAAUUUAUCUUUGUUAACCGUUUGUUAGUUUAUAUGCCACACUAAUGCAGCGGCAGCCAUGGAAGGAGAUAAGGGAGGUCAGAGAGGCAGUAACUCUGCAAUGCAAUCUAACAUGUUGUUCAUUGACACAAAUUAAAAUGGGAAUUUUUUUUUUCACCAUUAGUCAUUAAAGGCUGCAAAGGCUCAAUAUGGGCUUGUGUGUAUGUGUCUAUGUAAUACAGGUGAGCAGCAGUACUCUAUCCCUCCUCCGGUCUAUGGCAUCCACACACCUUCAGACAGCUGUACGGGCAGCCAGGCUCUUCUGCUGAGAAAUCCUUAUAACAGGUAACCCAUGGAUUCAUACAAAAACACAGACUUUAGAGUGGAGGUGCAGAAGUACAGUGCAUGGUGCCGUGUGCAUUGACAUGACUGUUGGGUCAAAGUCCCACACAUAUUUAGACCCGCAGGUGCGUAUGCCCAUAAGCACCUGGGAGCACAUGCAUGCAUAGACACUCCCAGAGAGAUGAGGUACUCUGAGGCACGACAUCAGGUCUGUCAACUGCUGUCAUUAAUUUUCCCUUUGAGCAGAAAAAAGUGCUUCACACUAAAAGUCAGAUCAGGAAAAGUCUGUCUUUGUUGAAUGGUGAAGCAGUUUAGAGUUGUCCUGCAUGGUCACAUGUCGCUUAUUGUGCAAGUAAUGACACUGAAGGAAAUUCUCUGAAAGUGGAUUGUGUUCCAACUUAAGAAAAACAAAUCUUGUCUCUGUAUUUUGCAGCAUAUUUGCUGUCAGACAAGACUUCAGGACUGCAUGAGAGUGUUCAGUGAUAAAAGUGCUGUUGCUGUUUUUCUAUUCUCAUACAAACAAAGUCACUGUCUACAGUUUUCAUUUUCUAAACGGAUUUCUUUCUUUCUGUGUUGGUAGCCAUGCAACAGGCUAUGACAGUGACCCCAGCACCCCCAUGGUGUACAGCUGUAGUACACAAUACCACAUACACACACAUGGAGUCUUCAGAGGCAUACAGGUAGGACUACUUUGACAUAUUCAAAGUUAUUUUUAUUAAAGCUCACACACACUUAAAGGGAUACACUGGUGUAAAUGUAAGUUGUGGUCAAACACACCAUAACACCGAGUUAGACACCCCCUCGAGAGAUGAAUGUUGCCGACUGCUUGCUUCUCUAGUUAUACCAAAUGUAAUAACGACCGCAUAAUAGCGAUAUACAGCGGUCUAAGGAGCCACGCCCAAACCUUAACCAUAUCCCUUUAACACUGUAACAUAUCGCAUCUAUUCACUCAUUCAAUUUAAAGCCAGCUCUAACCAUGUCUCACGUCUUCAACAAGACAUGCUUUUAUAGUUUUAACUGAACCAAAUCCAAAACUGCAUCCUCUUUAUGUUGAGAGAGUGCGCUCCCUAUUUUGAUCAAACAACGUAAUGUCCCCUGCUGCUCUGACAAAUCAUUUAAAGAACCUGAUCUGCAGAGAGAGCUUUUUUUACCUCCGCCAAGGAGCUUAUGUUUUUGGUAGCAUUGGUUUGUUUGUUGGUUUGUUUGUCUGUUAGCAACUUUACGGAGAAAGUUACAGAAGGAUUGACCUGAAAUUUUCACCAGAGGUGCGUCUCAGCUCCAGGAGGAUCCCAUUAAAUUUUGGUGGUGAUCCGGAUCGCCUUCUGGAUCCAGGAAUUUUUUGAAGAAUUCUUUAUCAUUGUGAGAUAGGGCAAAUUUUGGAAUUUUUGCAUUUAACUCUAUAAAAAUGGCCAGAGUCUUUAGUAAAAAAUUACACAAAAGGAUCUCAAUGAGUUUUAUGAGGUGUCAAAGGUUGAUCCUGAUCCAGACAAAGUUCUGGAUACUGUGAUCCAGAACACACAAAAAUAAGGGUGUCGUUGGAAUUUUCAAUGCUGAAAGAUAACCAAUGGGCGGCACAAUGGUGUAGAUGGGCGGCACAGUGGUGUAGUGGUUAGCACUGUCACCUCACCGCAAGAAGGUCCUGGGUUCGAAUCCGGGUCAGGGCAUUUCUUGUUUUAGGAACAUUAUGAACAGUGAACAUACCAGUUUAAACACAAAUAAAGUUAAUAAAAGACACGUAACACUAAAAGUUUUGGUGUGAAUCACAAUAUAAGGGGAGACAUGAGCUGCUUGGUGGAGGUCUGCGCUCUCUGAGUGCUUUUCUAGUUUUCAUAUAUAUAUUCCAUUCAUCUGUUGUCAGUUAGUUUUUAGCCAACUGCAUGUCACCUGUCCUCCUUGGGAAUGAUUACAACUUUGUGUUUAGCCACGACUCAUUCAAAAGCCAGAGUAAUAACAACGAAAAUGCAUUUCCAAAGAAAUCACAGAGACUUCAGUCACAAACUGCCACACAUCACCAUCACGGUCACUUUUUCACACUAUGUUUUACAGGAUAUGCGGCGGAUGCCCAGCAUUGCCCAAGCAAUAGUGCGAUCAGAGAGUAGCGAGAAGCGCCCAUUCAUGUGUGCCUACCCUGGAUGCAACAAGCGCUACUUCAAGCUGUCCCAUCUGCAGAUGCACAGUCGCAAACACACAGGUGAAACAAACCAAAAGAAAUUAUGACUUAAUGAUUAGAUAAACAAGCAGGUCACAAUUAAUAUAUCGAAGUCAUUAAAAAGUGGAGUUUUACCUUUUACGAAUUAGAGCAAUAGUCUAACAUUUUAUUGGGAUACCUGUAUAUGUCUAUGUUUUCUUUGUGUUUUUCAGGGGAGAAACCCUACCAGUGUGAAUUCACAGACUGUGGUAGGAGGUUUUCACGGUCUGACCAGCUCAAAAGACACCAGAGGAGGCACACAGGUUUGAUGCGUCUUCAUUUGCUGAUUUUCCCUGAGGUCUUUAAUUUUACGUUUUGUUCUUGCCCAUCCCCCUUGACAGAUGAAAUUGAUGAUGACCAAACCUUGAAAUUAAUUCCUUGCAAAUUUCUGCUCUACUAUAUAUUUUCUAUGUAUCUCUUUGUCUACGUGUGUGUGUGUGUGUGUGUGUGUGUGUGUGUGUGUGUGUGUGUGUGUGUGUGUGUGUGUGUGUGUGCGCGUGUGUGCGAUCUGGAACAUGUAUAUUCUGUUUUUGUUUGUAUGUGCAUGCAUGCGUGUGUGUGUGUGUGUGUGCGUGCACGUGUAUGCAAACUGUACAUAUGUGUAGGUGUUAAACCUUUCCAAUGUGAGACAUGUCAGAGAAAAUUCUCUCGCUCUGACCACCUCAAGACACACAACCGGACUCAUACAGGUAAAACAAGUGCGUACAGCUUUUUCCAUUUCUCUUCAUCCAUUUAAUGUGUAUUUAUAUUUAUGUAUUUACUGUUGACUUACUACAGCAUUUUAAUGACUAAAUAUGGGAACAUCUAAUAGUUCUUUGGCACUAUGUAAAAGACACUUUAAUCCCUUUAAUAGGGUUAGGGUUUAGGGUUUAUAGUUAGGGUUUAGGGUUUAUAGUUAGGGUUUAGGGUUAGGGGGUUUGGGGUUAGGGUUUAGGGUUUAUAGUUAGGGUUUAGGGUUAGGGUUUAGGGUUAAGUUUGGGGUUAGGGUUAGGGGUUAGAGGUUAGGGUUUAGGGUUAGGGGUUUGGGUUAGGGUUUAGGGGUUAGGGGUUAGGGGUUUGGGUUAGGUUUGGGGUUAAGGUUAGGGUUUAGGGUUAGGGUUAGGGUUAGGGUUAGGGUAACUUAAUACCCUAAGUUACAGUUUUCGUAAUAUGCUCAAAUAUCCUUGUCUUGUCACUUUGAUUAUGUUGAAUUCUAACUAACCGAUCUCCAUAGAAAAUCACUCCUCUCCUUUUUUCCUCCACCACCAAUCAUGACAAUCCUUUCCAACUUGUCUCCAAUCUGUCAACACGCUGUCCUCCGACUUGUCCAUCCAUUCCAUCUCUACUGUAGGUGAGAAGCCUUUUAACUGCCGUUGGCCCAACUGUCAAAAGAAGUUUGCCCGCAGUGAUGAAUUGGUCCGACAUCACAACAUGCACCAGAAGAACCUCACAAGGCUCCAGCUAACUAUUUGAGUCUCCUCUAAUAUUGUCUGUUGAAUCCUAAACACGUGUAAUUGUCAGUAUUGGUGAAUCGGGUAAUGUUCUGUAAAAUUAUGAAAAGUUUUAAAAGACAAUGGUGAUAUAAUGAAUAAUACAUGCAAUAUUGUUGUUGCCAACAUUUCCCAUAUAAUGAAAAAAAAUGUCCUCCCUCUUUUUCACUUAAUGGGACAGUUCUGUUGCUUCAGGUGGGAGGCAAUGUAAACAGUCCAAUACACUGAAUACUGUAAUUCAGUUAUGUACCACCUUGGCUCACAGAUAACCUUGUAUUGAUGUUAGCACUGAACCAACACGUCCAUACCAGUGUAAUAUGUAUUUCUUUAUUGUACGUCAUCA